CUCCGGAACCCCCCUUUUGGCAUGCACUUCGGUCUCGCUAAUCUUUUCGUCUUCGCUAAUGGGUUUGUCUUCGCUAAUGGGUUGUUUGACUUCGUUAAUGAGUUUGUCUUCGCUAAUAGCUCUGUCUUCGCUAAUGAGUUUGUCUUCGUAAAUGUGUUUGUCUUCGCUAAUAGCUUGUCUUCGCUAAUAGUUCUGUCUUCGCUAAUGAGUUUGUCUUCGUUAAUAGCUCUGUCUUCGCUAAUAGUUCUGUCUUCGCUAAUGGGUUGUUUGACUUCGCUAACGCGUUCGUCUUCCCUAAUAGCUCUGUCUUCAGUGUCUUCUUUAUCGGCCUUGUUCUCAUGCAGCGACGGGUAGAGGUCGGGUACCCAGGGCGCCCACGAGGCGUGUCUGUCGUAGAUGCCGCGACUGACUUCCCGCAGGAGGUCGCUGGAGACGUGGGCGUCCUUGGGGCGCAGGGAGACCUCCGUCCGGCCGACGUCGCUGAGGUUGGACUCCGUGGACGAGGGCGAAGGGGAGGCGGUGGAGAGGUCCCUGGUCUCGCCGCUGCUCGCGUCCGAGGGGGAGGUCGCGUCCGAGGUCGAGUGCGAGGAGGUCGUGGAGUGUCUGUGGGUCUUGGCUGGGCGGGUGGCUUCUGCGGGUUCUCCUGUGGGCGCGGUGGGCGUUUCCGCCCGGCUGGGUCUCCGAGGGGCUGGCUCUUGGGUGGGCGGGCGGCGGGGGGGGGGGCGUCGACCUCGAUCUCCCGUCGUCACCGUCGCUCGAAUCUCUUUCCGUUCUCCUCUCUUCCUCGCUUCCUAGAUUCCUUCGGGCUGUGCGACCUCGACGACGAAGGGGUUUCGGCGCUCGAGGAGGCUUCCACCUUCAGGAGGUGGUCGAGGAAGGCCUUGGAGUUGCACUCGAGGUCCUGGCACUCGUCCCGGCUGAUCUUGCGCCCCCCGAACUCCGAGUGGAGGAAGGAGAUCCUCUGGGUGUUCCUGAAGGAGCUCCGGGUAGUCCUGACGGAGGUGGUCUGGGUGCCCCUCCUGGCCUGGCACGCGGGGCAGCGGGUCCCGCCCCUCAGGACGCGGCUGGACCUGGCGGAGUCGAGCGCCCGCGACCCGUCCAGCGACACCAUCUCCACGCUGCGGGCGUCGGGCGUCCCGGAGCCCAGGAGCCGAAAGCGGAAGGGCUGCUUUGUGCGAAGGCAAAGGUCAUCAUGCAAGGACCGCGGGCGAGGGCGGCCGAGGUCAUGCUGGGGCGGCGUCACCCUGGCGCUGCCCCCGAGCGAGCCCUGAGACAUGCAACUACUGCACCUUGAUGAGGCAAACCUGCGACCCGCCGACCCUUUGGGCA